AUGGAUUUUUCAAAUUGUCAAUCACAAUUCGAAAAAUGUGCUAUUGAUCAAUGUAGUCGUAGACCACGAUCAUCAUGUAAAUGUUGUAAACAAGAACUAUGCUAUCAGCACUUAUGGAAACAUGAAGAUUUACUUAUUGCUCAAUUGAAACUAUUAAAAAAAGAUAUUCACGAAGUCAAUCGUCGAUUACAAACAGUGAAUGUACGAGAAUCAAUGUCAAAUUUUCGCGAACAUCUUAAAAAAUGGCGUAUUAAUUGUUACACAAUUAUUGAUAGUUUAUGUGAUAGAAAAUCUGAAGAAUUUUACGAAUAUAUUGAUAUGAAUUUUAGUCAACAACGCAAAAAUAUUGGCCAUAUACAAAAACGAAUUGAAGAAUUUAUUAAAAGUGAAGACGGAAAUCCGCAAGAAAUAAACUUGAUAAAAUCAACUGUUGAUGAUCUUAGUAGAAAAAUGGAUAAAAUUCAAAAAUCAGAUUUUCCCGUUACAGUUUUACCAUUAAACAUUGAUGAAAAUUUAAUUCAAAUCAAUUAUUAA